GUAGUCGGGAAAUUUUUACCACAGACUCAGUGAAUGAUGGGCAACAAAAUGCACCUUUUAGAUUUUCAACAGGAUCACUUUCAUUUUCUUUUAUCAAUUGUACAAAAAAGUUGCAAUUGACUCAUAUAUAUUAGUGACUUCGAAACAGUAUUUUUGCUUAUAGAAUGGAUUCUACUAAAUCAAUCUGAAUAGUUUUUUAUCCGUUUUAUUCCUCUAUGCUUAUUGUUUAUUCCCACGUGACCUUAUGAUUAUCAACUACUGACACAAACUGUUUUGAAAUUUAUCGAUUUCAGUGUUGUCUAACAAAUAAUAAACUUGCGUUUCUCUGUAAUUUUAAUAUAUAUAUUAGGUUAAUGUCUACCGCAUUUUGUGAGAAAACGGUGAACUUUCUGAAUGAAGCCUUGGAUUACGGUAGGUUGUUAACCUUAAAUUUUAUUGAGUACCUCAAUUACAAACACAACGAGAUUUUCUCUAGGACGAUAUUUGAUAGAUGUCAUCUAUGACUAGAGUUGGAUUAAAUUUCAAGGAUAUAACGUUUUGGUAAAAAAGUUUCUAGCCUAGCUUCUAUCUUCGUAGAACAAUAUCAAUCUAACUUUUUAAAUAGAAAAUUCUGAAAACAUAACACAGAGUUUUUAGUUUACUUUUUUGAAUAUCUCUAUUAUUCUUUAAUUGAUGUUGCGAAAAUCUUCAUCUUACGCAAAACUGAACUGCAUCUUCAGUUUUAGAUUCUACGUUAUAGAUUUGAAAUGACUGCUUGGAACAGACGAAGUGAAAAUAUGAUUUUCACGACCUUAGAACCCCAAUAGCCUUUUUAUAUCAAUAAUAAAUACAUCAUUUGAUCUGUCUUGAUGAGAUCUAUCAAAUGGUGUAUAAUAUCAAUGGAAUAAGGCAGGGAACAGUUUAAGGGCGAGUAUUUUGUUGUGCAGUUUUGAUUAUAAAAUGAAGAUGAUACCCAAAGUGCUAAUGUAUUUCGAUUUUGCACGUCCGUAGAUAUUGCUCUGACUGUUGGCGUGCGAAGAGUGAAAUACUGAGGAGAUAAGAUUUAAAGAUUAACUGUUCAACGCUGUUUUCAAAUAUUGGCGCUACGCUAUCCCAUUAGCUGAUUAUCUAUCGGUCAAACAGCGAUGAAUCAUAUAUACAUUACUUAUUAAAUUAUCACGAAAAAAAUGCAUUACUUUUCUUCAAGAACAUCAAAAGAAUGCUUAAAAUCAUAAAUCGUUAACUGGAAGUAUCGUAUGGAUGGAUUUGCAUUUGUGUCUGGCAAUAGAUUCAAAGAUUUAGCGGUACAUAAAACUGAUAUUGGUGCAUAGAUGCCAAAGACAAAACAAAAAGAAUUAAAUCAUUUUUUUCCAAUUAUUUCAGCAAUGAUCUCACAUCUUUCUAAACGUACUUCUUGUGCAUUUAUUAAUUUAUUGUUCAGAAUUUCUAUCACAUCACUUAUCAACACUUACUUUUCCAGCUUUUUACUCAACAAUCUAUUUUCGCUCUUAUGGAUCUUCUUUAGAAGUCAAAAAAAUCAUAGAAACACCAAAAGGGAGGAAAAAUUCGUUCAACAUCCAUCUCUUUUUUCUUAAAAGCAUACACGACUGUUAUAUAUCAGGCCUUUUUCUCGUUUCAGUGUACCAACUUUUAUAUUCCUCAAACACACUAUUUUAAAAAUGGUUAUGCUCUUCAAAAAUAUCCUUGUGUGGGCAUCGAUCACAUUUACAAAUCUGGACUACGUUUAACCGAAGAAGAACAACAACUAUUAGACAAUUUUAGUCCCGAGUUGAUUUAUGGUAAAGCCAAAGUAAAAGUACCAGAUAAAUUUGUACCUGCCACCGUCUUCUAUGAUAAAAAGGUUCUACGAUUUUACGGUUACUUCAAACAGACAAUUUAUGAGAGUCCAUUAGAAUAUUAUCGUGUACGUCGUGUAAUUAUCUACUAUUAUUUAGAAGAUGAUUCAAUGGCAAUUUACGAGAUACCCUAUAAGAAUAGUGCAUUGUGGCAAGGUAUGCGUGUUCGUCGGCAUCGUUUUCCAAAAACUGAUCAACACGAAACGUAUAACUGGCGUGAUUUAAAUCUAUCACAAAAUGUAGCUGUUUAUGGUACAGUUUAUCGUAUAUGUGACUGUGAUAAAUUCACAAAGGAAUGGCUUGAAAGUGAGGGUAUCGUGUUAAAUUGUUCUGAAUUAUUACCUGUAGAUCCAUACACUCAGAAAAUGAUUGAUCAACAUGAGAAAGAAAAAACACAUGGUCAUUCAGAUUUACAAGAAAUAUUACCAAAUAUGUUUAUACAAACAGAAAUUGGAAAUAAACAAUUUAAUCAAUUGGAUCGAAAAAUUUUACGAUUUUUUGCCGUACUAGAUGAGAGAGAUCAAUUAUAUGGAGAUUUGAGAAAAUUUAUUAUACAUUUUUACUUGAUUGAUAAUACUGUAGAAAUUAGAGAAAUUCAUGAAGAAAAUGACGGUUAUGAUCCAUAUCCAGUCUAUCUCAAUAGACAAAUUAUUCCCAAAGAUUCGGCAUACAAUAUAAAUUCCUAUGUGAAUUUAUUUGUAAAUUCAAAAGAAAAGAAGAAAAUUUGUUAUUUGAUACCUAAAGAUUUUUGUCUUGGUAAAAAUAUAAACAUUUUUAAUCGUCUAUUUUUUCUUUACAAUUGUGAUAUAUAUACAAAAAGUUUUUAUCAUCAAAAUUUUCAAAUGUUUGAUUUUACACCGAUCGAAGUUGAUUUAAAAAAAUUUCAUAAACGCAUUAAAUUACCGCCGAUUCCUCCACAUAAUAUGUUUGGAAAACCGGAAGAUACUAUUCAAAACGUCAAACAUCUAGUACCAAAACCGAUUAAACGAGAUCAAAUUAAAUUGAUGGAAAACGAAAAUAGAGUAUUAAGAUAUGAAGCAAUGAUGGAUACUCCACGUGAAGAAGAUCGUCGACGACGUUUUAUUAUCUCGUAUCGCGUAGCUGAUGAUCAAAUAUCUGUUUAUGAGAGACCAUUAGAUGGACACAGUGUAUUGAGUAGAAAAUUUCUAGAAAGAGUACGAAUACCUAAACCAGGUAGUCAUCCUGAUGCACCAUGUUAUUAUGGUCCACAUGACUUUUAUAUUGAUGCCAUUGUCGAAUUUUUUAAACAUCGUUUUAUUAUAAUUGAUGCCGAUUUAUACGUAUUAAAGUUUAUUGAAGAAAAUAAACAUCAAUUUCCUCAACAUGUUAUCGAUUCGUUACGGAAAAAAUUAUGUCAUUACGAUAAUAGUAAUAAGAAUGAUGGAAAUAAGCGAACACAAUAUAAUUAUAAUAACUCUGUAGAACAAACUAUCAAUCAUCAGGCGAGUUUAUCAUUUCAUUCAUACGCAUGA